AUGCAGCGGCUGCCAGAUAAGAAUACUCGCAGGGGGAGGGAGGGAAGAGGGGGGAGUGAUCCCAGAGUAGAGAGUAUUGGAUUUGGGAGGGAGGGGGAGGGUGGGCAUUGUACGCACGCGUCGUGCCCCUGGGUGCCCCCGAGAAAAGCGUGCGUGCCACGCAACGUGCAGCGUGCCACGAGCUGCCUGCGGUGCAGGGGGAUUGUGUCCCAGUGCAAUCCCUUAUCCCAUGGGAUAUGGAAAGAGCUUGGCAAGCUUGCAGAGUUGAAACAAAGGGGUCUGAUUCUUGACCGUCACUUCGAGACAAUCAAAGCACACGUGAAGGCGGGCAACUCCGUUGCGAAGGAGCGAUGGGACGCCAUCGAGAGCGCGUGGGGGCUGAAGCAGAACGGUGUCUUCGACGAAGAAGAGUGGGUCACGCAGAUUGACGGCGAAACCGCGCGAGGUGCUGCACCGCCGUCUCAGCACCCACCAGCUGCUGCAGGUACCGCGAGGAGAAAGGCCGUGGAUCGCGGGAAGCAAGCUAGGGAGAGAGCUGCCAAAGGCACUUUAGGAGGCAACAUCUGCAACGCGUUCGUGAUUGGCAGCCGAGGACCGAUUGAGCGGACUCGCGGUGGAGUGAAAGAGCUCAUAUCCGGAAUAAGCUUCCCACCUCCGACACCGGAGUCCCACCCUUCUUGCCCUCACUGUCCCAUGACCUUCGUGAACGAGCAAGGCCUUGGGAUCCACGUGGGAACGCAGCACAGCAGUGCAAACAUGCCCAACGGCGUGCGGCUGCGGCGCAUGUUACGGAAGGAUGUCGGAGGGAGUGUCCUGCCGUCGGAAGCAGCCGGGCCUGGGCGUUGUUGGCAGGUGAACGGAAGCGCUUUCUCGAUCUCGAUCGACUUGGAUAGCGACGGCUAUAUGGACCGCAAACCCAAGGACACUCGUGGGGCUGCCAAGCGCAGGCGAUACAAGUUCAGGUUCACAGCCCACCCGGUCAACCAGCUGCGCAUCCUCCAGGACAACGCCGAAGACCUCUGGAUGAAGGAGGAGCAGCGCACUCCUCUUCAGUUCUUGGAGGAUCGUCUCAAGGUUCCCUUCAGCAAUAUAGUGAAGUGGGCCAAGAAGGAGAAGGAAUUGGUCGCGGCGGCAGCCGAUGACGCAGAGAAGCGACUGUACAAGGGGUUCGUGGAGCGGCGGAAGAGAAAGCUGAAGGUGUCGACCCUGUGGCUGACGAUCACGUUCCGGAAGCUCGUGCGAGAGAUGUACCCCGGGGAUCAACGAGCGGCGUCCUUUUGCGCAUCCUUCAGGUGGGCGCGAAGAUGGGCCAAGAGGCACAACCUGUACAAAAGACGCCGGACCAACCUCAAGAACAAGUCUGUCGAAGAGCGGCUUCCAGAGAUCCAGCGCUUCCACCGGCUGUUUCGCAAGCUCCUGCAAAAGCCGGUGCAGCUGCUCGGCACGUGGGACAAGAGAGGUGCGUUGCGGGUAGCAAUCUCGCAGCCCUUUCCUGGCCUUGAGAAAAGGCAGUGCACCAUGCAAGACAUCUUUGGUCCGGGUGAGAAGACCAUGCAAAUUUCGGUGAUUUUCCGAGGCACGGGAAAGCGGAUCUCGCCGGUGGAGAAGGCAGCGUAUCACGAGGACGUGGACGUGUUUUUCCAGGUGAACGCGUGGGCCAACCAAAAGUUCUGUAUGGAGUGGGCGAAGAGGUCCUACCGCGAAGGCCUGAUGCGCGGGCGGGGUGUGAUCGAUAAUUCGGGUGGCUCGAUUCUUUGUGGUUGGAGCUCAAAGCGGGUGGGUCAUGGCGGAGCGUGGAUGGGUAGAAACGUGUUGAAAACGUGUUGCAAAGUAUAG